GGGCGGGGAGGGCCGGUGCGUGGCGAAGGCCUGCCAGGUGAGGCGCGGUCACCCUGGGCCUCCUACUUCCGCCCAGGUGAGGCAGGGCCGACGCCGAGUCAGCCCGCCCGCGCCGGGCGCCUACCCGCGCCUCCGCCGCACCAGGUUUCUUUAGAAGUUAUUGAAGACAAUAAUUCAAAAUGCCUGAAAAUCCUGCUACAGAUAAACUGCAGGUCCUGCAAGUUCUUGAUCGCCUGAAAAUGAAAUUGCAAGAGAAAGGUGACACAUCACAGAAUGAGAAGCUGUCUAUGUUUUAUGAGACACUGAAGAGUCCGCUCUUCAACCAGAUACUCACACUUCAGCAGUCCAUCAAGCAACUAAAGGGGCAGCUCAACCAUAUACCCUCAGGUUGUUCAGUCAACUUUGAUUUUUCUAAGAAAGGUUUAUUAGUGUUUACGGAUAGUGCCAUUACUAACGGGAAUGCCCACAGGUCCUCUAAUAACUUGACUGUGUCUGGGUUAUUUCCUUGGAACCCUAAGUCAGGAAAUGAAAACUUCAACUCAGUCAUUCAACAAAUGGCUCAGGGCCGGCAAAUUGAGUAUAUAGAUAUAGAACGGCCUUCCUAUGGAGGCCUUGGAUUCAGUGUGGUGGCCAUCAGAAGUCAAAACCUGGGAGAAGUUGAUAUCUUUGUGAAGGAAGUACAGCCAGGGAGUAUAGCAGACAGGGAUAAAAGAUUAAAGGAAAAUGACCAAAUAUUGGCUAUUAAUGACACACCACUGGAUCAGUACAUUUCCCAUCAACAAGCAAUUGCAUUAUUGCAACAGACCACUGGAUCUUUGCGUCUGGUUGUGGCCAGGGAACCAGUCCACACAAAAAGCAGUACUAAUACCAGCCUUGCUGACACCACUGUGCCUGAAACAGUUCGUUGGGGCCAUAUUGAAGAUGUUGAGCUCAUUAAUGAUGGCACUGGGUUAGGUUUUGGAAUAGUUGGAGGAAAAUCAAGUGGCGUGGUUGUGAGGACUAUAGUUCCUGGAGGAUUAGCGGAUCGAGAUGGAAGACUCCACACAGGGGACCAUAUCUUGCAGAUUGGUGGCACAAAUGUGCAGGGAAUGACCAGUGAGCAAGUUGCACAAGUGCUGAGGAACUGUGGGAAUUCAGUCAGGAUGCUCAUUGCAAGAGACCCAGUUGGUGAAAUUUCUGUAACUCCUCCCACCCCUAUAGCCUUACCUGUUGCCCUGCCUGCUGUAGCCAACAGGAGCUCUAGUUCUGACGAUUCUCUUUUUGAAACUUACGAUGUUGAACUCAUUAAAAAAGAUGGACAGAGUCUUGGGAUUAGAAUUGUUGGUUAUGUUGGAACUGCUCAUACAGGGGAGGCUUCAGGGAUUUAUGUGAAAAGCAUAAUACCUGGCAGCGCUGCAUACCACGAUGGCCAAAUUCAAGUGAAUGACAAAAUAGUUGCUGUCAAUGGUGUGAAUAUUCAGGGUUUUGCCAACCAGGAUGUUGUUGAAGUAUUACGGAGUGCCGGGCAAGUGGUGCGCCUAACUCUAGUUCGAAGGAAGACAUCCUCAUCUGCUUCUCCACUUGAACAGCCUCCAGACAGAGGAACUGUAGAACCACUGAACACACCAGCCCUCUUCCUAACUGGAGCAGUGGAAACGGAAACUAAUUUGGAUGGCGAAGAUGAGGAAACUGAAGAAAGAAUGGAUAAUUUAAAAAAUGGCAACAUACAAGCAUUAGAAAAAUUGGAAGGUGUCCUGUUCUCUCAAGAAAAUGAGCUGAAAUCCAGAUGGGAAAACCUAUUGGGCCCUGACUAUGAAGUAAUGGUCGCUACUUUGGACACACAGAUCGCAGAUGAUGCUGAAUUACAGAAAUAUUCAAAGCUGCUGCCCAUUCACACUCUGAGGCUUGGCAUGGAAGUGGAUUCCUUUGAUGGGCACCAUUAUAUCUCUUCAAUUGCUCCAGGUGGUCCUGUUGAUACACUGAACCUCCUACAGCCAGAGGAUGAGAUUCUUGAGGUCAAUGGUGUGCAGCUCUAUGGGAAAUCUCGCCGGGAAGCAGUCUCCUUCCUUAAAGAAGUUCCACCCCCCUUCACCUUGGUUUGCUGUCGAAGGUUUUUUGAUGAUGAAGCCUCUGUAGAUGAACCAAGGACAGCUGAAGCCUCUCUUCCUGAGAUGGAGGCUGACCACAAUAUAGAUGUCAGUACUGAAGAGGAUGAUGACGGGGAAUUAGCACUAUGGUCUCCUGAAGUCAAGAUGGUUGAACUAGUGAAAGAUCAGAAAGGCUUGGGAUUCAGCAUUUUGGAUUACCAGGACCCCUUAGAUCCCACAAGAUCAGUAAUUGUGAUCCGUUCCCUGGUGGCGGAUGGUGUAGCAGAAAGAGGUGGUGAACUGUUACCUGGAGACCGCCUGGUCUCAGUCAAUGAAUACUGUUUGGAAAAUACCACACUUGCUGAAGCUGUGGAAGUGUUGAAAACUGUGCCACCAGGCACUGUACACCUUGGCAUCUGUAAGCCAUUGGUGGAAGGUGAUAAAGAGGAAGAAAAUCAUAUUUUACAUUCAAACAAUAAUGAAGAGAAGACUGAACUUUUCGGAACAAUUCAUGAUAUAAAUUCAUCUUUAAUACUUGAAGCACCCAAGGGAUUUAGAGAUGAACCCUAUUUUAAAGAAGAACUUGUGGAUGAACCAUUUCUAGAUUUGGGAAAGGCUUUCCAGUCCCAACAGAAAGAGAUAGAUAACAGCAAGGAAGCCUGGGAGAUGCAUGAAUUCCUGACCCCCAGAUUGCAGGAAAUGGGUGAAGAAAGAGAAAUGCUUGUUGAUGAAGAAUAUGAGCUCUAUCAAGAUCACUUUCAGCCCGUGGACAUGUAUCCGUCAUCCCACCUUCAAGAGGCUGUGCCUGUUCCCUCCAUGAAGGACCUUCACUUUGGCACACAGUGGUCACAGGAUAGUGAAUCACCUGAGCUUCAAGAAGCAAGGUCCAUGAUGAGUAUAUAUUCCCAGGAGGCGCAGCAGUACGUGUACAGCACUGAAAGCAUGAUGAAAGAAAAUUUUGGCAUUGAUUCCCUAUCCACUAUACCCUUAACUGAAGGAAAUAGUCAACAAGGCAUGAUGAUUUCAAAUGAUGCCCAAGGUCCUGGUUUGCUUGUUGAACUUCCUACUGUGCCUCAAAGAAGGGAGCAAGAAGAUUUGCCUUUAUAUCAACUCCCUGGGACUCAAGUUGCUUCCAAGGCCUCAGCAUACACAGGAAUGUUGUCUUCUAGAUAUGCCACUGAUGCUUGUCAGUUACCUGAGAGAGAAGAAGGUGAAGGAGAAGAAACUCCAAACUUCAGCCACUGGGGUCCACCAAGAAUUGUUGAGAUUUUUAGAGAACCCAGUGUGUCUCUUGGUAUUAGUAUUGUUGGUGGGCAAACCGUUAUAAAGCGCCUGAAGAAUGGAGAGGAGCUUAAAGGUAUAUUUAUCAAACAAGUUUUAGAAGAUAGUCCAGCAGGAAAAACAAACGCUCUUAAAACUGGAGAUAAAAUACUUGAGGUGUCUGGGGUAGACUUGCAGAAUGCCUCUCACAGAGAAGCAGUGGAGGCCAUUACAAAUGCAGGAAACCCUGUCGUGUUUGUUGUUCAGAGCUUGUCAUCCACUCCAAGAGUCAUUCCUAGUGUGCACAACAAGGCCAACAAAAUGACUAACAACCAGGACCAAGACACCCAAGAAAAAAAAGAAAAGAGGCAGGGAACUGCUCCACCUCCAAUGAAGCUGCCACCUCCUUACAAAACUCCAUCCGAUGGUAGUGAUGAAAAUGAGGAAGAAUAUGCAUUUACCAACCAAAAAAUCAGGCAAAGAUAUGCAGACCUGCCUGGAGAAUUGCACAUUAUUGAACUUGAAAAGGAAAAGAAUGGACUUGGCCUCAGCCUCGCUGGUAAUAAAGACAGGUCACGCAUGAGCAUAUUUGUGGUGGGAAUUAACCCAGAAGGACCUGCUGCCACAGAUGGACGGAUGCGUAUCGGAGAUGAACUGUUAGAGAUAAAUAAUCAGAUCCUGUAUGGAAGAAGUCACCAAAAUGCAUCUGCCAUUAUUAAGACAGCUCCGUCAAAGGUCAAGCUGGUUUUCAUCAGAAAUGAAGAUGCAGUCAAUCAGAUGGCUGUUACUCCCUUUCCAUUACCAUCAAGUUCCCCAUCUUCUAUUGAGGAUCACAGUGGCCCCGAACCUGUAAGCAGUGAGGAAGACAGCAGCCUGGAAGUUGGUAUUAAACACUUGCCUGAAAGUGAAAGCCCCUCGCUGGAAGAUAUCUCCCAGGUGGUUGGUCAAGGUGCGGUGGCAGGUCAGCUAAAGGUGCUGGAGUACCCAACUGAUAGUACUCCAGGGACAGCCUGGUGCUCCACUGCCUCCACCAGAAUCUUCCAGCUGGGGUUGGGUUCCCUGGCUACCUGCAGAUCCAGAAGGCAGGCUAUCAGCCAGAUGAAACAGCAAAAAUACUCGACAAAAGUCUCCUUCGGUUUACAGGAAGUCCCUUUUGCACCAGCUCCGCCUUACCGUUCCACAGAUGCUGACUUCACAGGCUAUGGUGGUCUCCAGGCUCCUCUGUCAGUGGACCCUGCCACGUGUCCCAUUGUUCCAGGCCAGGAAAUGGUCAUAGAAAUAUCCAAGGGACGCUCAGGGCUCGGUCUGAGCAUUGUGGGAGGAAAAGACACACCCUUGGAUGCUAUAGUUAUACAUGAAGUCUAUGAAGAAGGAGCAGCAGCCAGAGAUGGAAGACUUUGGGCUGGUGACCAGAUACUAGAGGUUAAUGGGAUUGACCUGAGGAGCGCUAGCCACGAAGAAGCCAUCACAGCCCUGAGGCAAACCCCCCAGAAGGUGCAACUGGUGGUGUAUAGAGAUGAGGCGCACUACAGGGAUGAGGAAAACUUGGACAUUUUCCCUGUGGAUCUGCAGAAGAAGGCUGGCCGAGGCCUGGGCCUGAGCAUUGUUGGGAAACGAAAUGGAAACGGAGUGUUUAUUUCUGACAUCGUGAAAGGUGGAGCUGCAGACAUUGAUAGGAGAUUGAUUCAGGGAGAUCAGAUAUUAUCUGUGAAUGGGGAGGACAUGAGAAAUGCCUCACAGGAAACAGUGGCCACUAUCCUCAAGUGUGCACAAGGCCUGGUACAGCUAGAGAUUGGAAGACUCCGUGCUGGUUCCUGGCCCUCCUCAAGGAAGACAUCACAGAACAGUCAGGGGAGCCAGCAGAGCGCACACGGCAGUUUCCAUCCUUCCCUCGCUCCUGUCAUCACCAGCCUGCAGAGCCUGGUCCUCACGAAGAGAGCUUCAGACCCUUCCCCGAGUUCAGUCACAGAUGUGGGACCAAGGACCAUUGAGAUAAUUAGGGAGCUCGGUGACGCCCUUGGAAUCAGUAUUGCUGGAGGAAAAGGAAGUCCCUUAGGAGAUAUCCCAAUAUUUAUCGCCAUGAUUCAGGCCAGCGGUGUGGCUGCACGGAGUCAGAAGCUCAAAGUUGGGGAUCGGAUUGUCAGCAUUAAUGGGCAGCCUCUGGAUGGGCUGUCUCACGCGGAUGUGGUUAAUCUGCUGAAGAACGCCUACGGGCGCAUUAUCCUGCAGGUUGUAGCAGAUACCAAUAUAAGUGCCAUAGCAACUCAACUGGAAAACAUGUCCACAGGCUACCACCUUGGUUCGCCCACUGCUGAACACCAUCCUGAAGACACGGAAACACCUCCACCUAAGAUUAUUUCUUUGGAGAAAGGCUCUGAAGGCUUGGGGUUUAGUAUUGUAGGGGGUUAUGGAAGUCCCCAUGGAGACCUGCCCAUUUAUGUCAAGACUAUAUUUGCAAAGGGAGCAGCUGCAGAUGAUGGCCGAUUGAAGCGAGGCGAUCAGAUAUUAGCUGUCAAUGGUGAGACCCUGGAAGGUGUCACUCAUGAGCAAGCUGUGGCCAUUCUAAAAUGUCAGAGAGGGACUGUAAUUUUAACUGUGCUGUCAUGAGCCUUGGGACAUAAUCACAAGGUAGAUGUUGUUGUAGAACAUCCAUAGGAAGGUGAAGUUCUGAGAGGAUGAAAAGCAACUUCAACUAAAAUCCACAUCCCUCUUACAUCUCAUCUUCUGCUCAGGAGAGAUGGUCAAGGUUUCAUGUGAAUUUCCCACAUCAACAGUCAUCUCCCUAAUGUUUCCCAGCAUCUUUCUCCUCUUGGUGAGGUUAAUUUCUAAAACCUGAAGGUGUCUUCUCUCCUUUGCAUUCAACAUCCAUGUUUACCAAUCAGUAGUAACUGGUUCUGAUUAUAUUUGCUGAAGCUGAAGUUAACAACGUCUCAUUCUUUAUGCCCUUCCCUCCCCAUCCUUACUCAUACAGAAGCUUAACAGCACCCUCAGAUGUCAUCUGAUGAACAGAAAAAACGUUAAGCAACUUGUCAUCUCUCUCAUGCCUUACAUGUGUUAAUUGUCUCAUCAAGUAUGCCAGAAAACAUUAGCAGUGUAAUUAACUCACCAGCGAUCCCCAUGGUGACACACCAGAGUCUCCUGUGGGAGCCCUCUAUGCCCCCCUCUGUGCGACUCGCAGGCGCAUGUGCCUCACAUUCAUCUCUCUGGGUAGGUCUAAGUUAGCCAUUGGUGAUCGUGAUGAGCCGAUCUGCAUACUGGAAUCUAGCAGUUCUGAAAGCCUUUCUAAUUGUUUUCCUAGCUGUAUAAAUUUAUACCAAUGAGCAAAUUCACCUUUUCUCAGGAGGAAAAAUCACCAUCCAUGUUGUGAAUUCUAACAAAGCUUAAUUAUGUUCAAGUCCAGGAAGUCCACCUGGAGUUAAUGGCAUCUCAAUAGGCAGGCGUCAUUCCCUCCCCCAGUCUUCGGAUGAGGAGUUGGAAGACCCAGAACCAUUCUCCAGAGAUCAGCAAGUUUUUCCUCAAUCCAGAUAAGGUCUGGGUGGCCUUGGCCUUGUGCAAAGUGGAGUGACAAACCUGAGGAUCUUUCCCCUUGGCUCCAAACUGGGCAGUCUAGCAGCAGUGACUGUAGGAACAUGGGCAGAGCAAUGUGCUUACCCAGAGUGACCUUGCAGAUUUACUGAGCCCAGGAAUCAGCAAUGGCUCCUCGGCUAAUGUUUCCUGGGCUCCACAGAGCUUCCCAUUUGCUGAAGUUGUGCAUGUUAAGAAAACAACUAUGGAAAUACAAGAACAAAGUUGGUUAGGGGCAUUCUUAUUCAGCUAUUAGAAGGAAAAGGAGGAGAUGCUUAUCAGUAAAUGUCCUCAGUUCUUCUGUAAAAAAUGCACCAUGAAGGAUGAGUACUAGGAUCAGUAAUAGAAGUAGUUCAGCAUUAACAUACAAGCUGCAGAAUGGUCCACAGUAAUUAUCAAAAUGUAAUGGUCUCUAAGAUGCUAUUUAGUAUAGAUUUUAAUUGAAAAUUAUCUUUGAGUAGAUGUAAUCACAAAGUGCAUUAACUCUUGUUGGAAUAUUUUGUGGCUAUCCCAAAGUAUAGAGUGCCUAAGUUUUGAUGUUGAAAACAUUUUCAUGACUGGUAUUAAGUUUUCUGAAAUUACACAUGGAUUUUGAAAUUUCUAAUGUAUCCAAGAUAAGUGGUGUUGCUAGCAUGAGAUGUUAAACUGCAUGAGAAACUAUCAGCCUCAGAACAUUCUGUUAAUUGUAUCUGCUAGAACCCCUCAACAGCCAAGAAGAAAGGAAGCCCAAAUAAAACUUGGAAAUGCCCCUUCUGAAAAACACUCACAUACGUAUAAUACUUUUGAAACGUGAUUCUGCUUGAUUUUGAUGGAAUGGCCAUUAAAUACACACUUUGAAAUAA